UGACACGACAGCUACCUCACUCACUCUUGUGUCUUGAAUCUUCUCUCUCCUUGUGUGUGUUCGUGGCACCCUCUCGCGCUUUCUGCAACUUCGUUAACCUGUAUUAAUUGAAUGCAACACGAAGCAACGGAGAUAGAUUUUGUUUUACUGAUAACUGAAAAUGGGUGAAGCUGCUGAAGCUACCACUCUUUAUCAUCAUCAUCAUCGUAAUCGUAAUCAUGAGAGUGAGUACGAUCGCAAUCAACGACUUGAAGUUGACCUAUACCCUUUGAGCAGUUACUACUUUGGCGCCAAACACUCUAUUCCUUUCAAGGAUGAAACCCUAGCUGAUCGCUUUUCCAGGAUGAAAUCCAACUAUGCUGCUCGUGGAAUCCGUAAAUGCGUGGAAGCUGUCAUUCUGGUUGAGUUGUUCAAACAUCCACAUUUGCUGCUGUUGCAAGUCAAGAAUUCCAUCUUUAAACUACCUGGUGGUCGCUUAAGACCAGGUGAAUCAGAUAUUGAUGGAUUGAGGCGUAAGCUGGUAAGGAAGCUAUCUGUUAAUGAAGAUGACAAUGGGACUGAAUGGGAGGUGGGUGAGUGCCUUGGAAUGUGGUGGAGGGCUGAAUUCGAAACAUUAUUGUAUCCCUACCUGCCACCUAAUGUGAGAUCACCUAAGGAGUGUACGAAACUUUUUCUUGUGAAGCUGCCGGAGAGUCGAAAAUUCAUUGUGCCAAAGAACCUAAAGUUGCUUGCAGUUCCAUUGUGCCAAAUUCAUGAAAAUCAAAAGAGAUAUGGGCAAGUGAUAUCAGCGGUCCCUCAGCUACUUUCAAAGUUCUCCUUCAACAUGAUUGAAUCCUAAGUCAUUGACAUGAUGCAACCUUCGGUAGCUGAACAUGGCCUUGACGACUUGUACAUAUAUAUAUAUAUAUAUAUAUAUAUAUAUAGAGAGAGAGAGAGAGAGAGAGAGUAUACAAGAGUGAUAGUGAUGAUGAAAACUUGAAAUCAGAAAUGUGCAUGUUAUUUCAAUGGUUGGUUUGAAAUUUUUCCAUUGAGUACUUACCCCUUCCUUUUCUUUUGGGGCUUUUUUGUUGUUUUUUUAUUUUUCAAUAAUACACGUACAUACCCCCUCAUACACGCACAUGAUAUUUAGCCUUUGCUUCAUGGGAGUUGUCUGUAAGUGUGAAAUAGCAACUCCGAAUGAGUGAUUCAUUCAGCUACACUCCUCUCACUCACUCACUCUCAUUCUCUCUUCUUCUCAAAUCAUGACGAGACAAAUAUUUGCCAGACAUUCCUUUGAUUUCAACCACAACCGGGCCUAAGUUUUUUGUAAUGUGAACUUGUGAAAAAAACAGUUAAAUCUUUCAGUAGCUACUACUUCUGUAUUAUUAUGUCCAUCUCCCACCGGACAACUGAACAACCAGAAUUUUAAAGCCAAAGCCCAUCAUUUUUAAAGUUUAAGCACUACAAAAAAAAAACCAUACAAUAUUGCAAAUCACACG